AAUGGCGUCCAUAAGCAGUGGCAUGUCUAAUGGAACAAGUAAACCUGGCUAUAUAAACAGUUUUAUGUCAUUCCUUGAAAAUCAGGAACCAGGUGCAAAACCUGCUAAGGUGAAUGAGCCUCAACGAGACCUGAACACCUUAUCAGAUCCAGAUGACCCUGAGCCUGUACCUGACGACCCCCAAAGUGAUUCAGAACAGGCAGUAGUUAAGGAAGAAACCAUUGAUGUUAAAUCUGAAUUAUUUGCAACUUCUAUAGAAUUUGAGCCCCCAGAGGAAGAUGUAACCCCUACAGAUCAUACUCCAGCUGUUCCUACCUCUACUACAGGUCAACCUCCUACAGAAUAUCUCUCUCUUACUGAUGGGGAGAACACCAAUAGCUCAGAAGCUACAAAUAACGGUGAAGUUGGGGAAAAACCUAGAGGUGGCCGCCGCAAUGUAGCACGUAGGGGUAGACAGCACAAGGCUGGAGUAACCCCAAGCACUGGUGGAAUAACCCCACAGCGAGACAUUCCACGAAGAGCUGCGCGUUCUGUUCAGCGCUAUGGUCUUAUAGACGCUGAAUCAGAUGGUCUUGCAGACUCGGAUCCUGAUUUCCAGUUGAGUGACUCGGAUGAUGAUCCAGACUUUGAUCCUGUCAAUAGAAAGACAAAUUCUUUAAGUGAUGAGGAAGAAUUUCGACCUCGUAGAGGUCGUGGACGUGGACGAGGUUUGGGGGGAAGUAGAGGCGUAUUCAUUUCUUCAGGUCGUGGUUCAGGUAGAGGUGGAGUCAAGCGAACAUUGGAUAGUAAUAGCGGCAAAGUUUCCUCUAGUGGUGACAAAUCGUCCUCCCCUGGCGCAACUAAUCCUCCGAAGAGGCGUGGCCGGCCCCCGACCUAUCAGACGGUGACAGUAGUCAGUGGCGGCGGUAGUGAUGGUGGCGGGGAGGAUAACGUAGUCAUAAGUACGGAUGAUAAGAAAUCACCAUCCAAGCUGAGCUCUGCCUACAACUAUGCCGGCGGUCGAGUCCAGCGCCAAAACCAGGCAAUCCGGCUGCCAGAGGGGCCUCAGCUUACUGCUGAACAGCUUAAAAUGGUUGAAUCUCAGUUCAAGAGUGGCGACUUUGUAAUGUCUAAGAAGGACAUGGACAUGAUGGAGCAUCCUCCAAUCUGGAGGAUUGAUGGAAAAUCACUUCUCCAAAAGUUCCAGGCCUUUGAAAAGGAUGGCAAGACACUAUACAGGAACAUAUCAACAUAUUCAGGAUGGACAUCUCAUGCCAAGGCCCUUUAUGUCGGAGUCCGUGUCACAUUUGUGUUCCAGUCCCGGUAUGACACUGUGGUGGAGAUGGUUGGCAUCCGAUAUGCAGAUGAUGAACCAGAUAACGAAAAUGAGGAGGAAGAACCGUCCUGGAGUGCUGUUAAAUAUCAACAUCCCCAAGACUUUGAAAUCUCGGAAGAACUGCGCUCACACAUGCCAAGCUUUGAGAUUUACCUACAAACUCUUAUCUCACAAGCACUAGACAACAAUUUCUUAAUGGAGAUUUAUGAAGAAAAUGAUGAUUACUUUGUUGAAAGAGUUAAAGUAAUUGAUGAGUUAGCUGAACAGAGGAAAAAGAAGAUCCUGGAAAUCGUUGACUGGAGUGACCAGUUCCGGAGUUCCUUAGACACAUGGCCAUGCGUCAAUGUAAUGAUUACUAAGAAUGCUGACAUGUGCCAAGCUUGUACCAAGAACCCUGCCUCAAAACUUUCACAACUGUAUGGUCAGCCAUACAACCAACAGACUCUCCGGUCCCGAGAACCAUUACCAGCAGAGUUAGAUGCAAAGAAUUUUGAAGUGUGUGAUCGCUGCUCGAAUAUCUCUCAGAUGUAUAAUAAGGUGUCCCAUCAGAAAUAUGAUUAUUAUUCUCAGUGUAAAUCAACAGUAACCAACAUGAGAGUUACUCACCCCAGUAAGCACACCACCACAAUUCUUCGAGACUUGCUGGCCAACGACCACUGGAUCAUGGGGCUCUUCCGUUCUAUGUGCACAACAUGGAUCAAGGUAGAUAGAAUAUAUCAAGAUGAAAUGGAGUAUCUCAAGAAAACUGGAAAUGAAACAGAAAAUCCCGAGAAAAUUGUUAUUGAAAUGGAAAAUCUUGAGAAAACUGAUAAUGAAACAGAAAAUCUCGAGAAAACUGAUAAUACAGAAAAUCUUGAGAAAAAUGCUAAUGAAACAGAAAAUCUCGAGAAAACUGAUAAAGAAACAACGUGAUUGGUAGCUUGAAGUGUGAUGCAUAGACUAUCCUACUGUAUGGAUGAAACUGAAAUUAAUUCAGUUAGACCAGAAUGCACAUUUUCAAGUAACAAGUUGAAAAAUUAUUAAUUUUAGUGACUUGGUAACUUGGAGAAUAUCAAAUGAAAGGAGAGACAGUGUGAGUAACCUCUGUUGUGUAGAGUGUGACGAUGAGUGAUGGUUGUUCGCGAUGUGUGAUACUUCAGUGUACCAUCAAACAGGCUUAUGUCAAAAUUGUCUAAACAUCAGAGCAUAAAAAUGUAUGAAUUGUGUACUAGCAAUGCUUACUGUCAUUUCUUAUAUUUGAUAGAAUAAAAGUUAUGGGUAUUUUUCUUAGUACCAGUUUUUGCUAAAGUGUUGUACAGUAUAAGGAACAAAGUUGAAGAUGGAUAAAAGUAAUAUUUACAUAAAUGGUUGGUUACUUAUUUAAUGUUGAUAUUUAUAUAAGGUAGUCAGAAUGUCUAUUUGAAAAAUUUAUUGUUCUAGCAAAUGAUUAAAAGGAUUAUCCUGUAUAGUGCAGUAUUUUUAAAGGAUUUCAAUUAUUACAGGAAUAAUUUAUGAUUCUUUUAAGCACAAUUAGCCCUCUCAACCUCGGAGCCUGAGACACAUAUGUGCACGAAAACUUACGCUCAGCCUCAGAGGUUUUUGCCGAAAAAUCGGCCUUUUUUUUUUUUU